UUUUCAAUUUUGGUUGUGAAGAGAGAGAGAGAGAGACAGUGAGAAGAGAGGGCGUUGGGAAAGCGGCUCUUCUUUCUUCGCUUCUCUCAAACCAAACGAACUCUUCCUUUUCGGCGCUCUAAAUUCUAAAUUCUCAUAAGGUGGAACAAAGCUCAGCUCCCACAGGCUCCUCCAUCUCUGGUUUUCGCGACGCGAGGUGGUUGACGAAGGAGGUUUUGGGAUUUGGGUCCUUCUGCUGCUGCUGGAAUUGUUGUUCCUUAGGUAUUUUUUUGUUUUCUGUUUUUAAUUUUGGAUCCUUGGUGAAAAUGUGUGAGAUGCGCUUAAUUCUCUAUGGGGCUUGAGGCUUUUGGCUGGACUUGGGGCAAUGAUAAGAUAUACAUUUGAGAUUUUCGUUGGUUUUCAACUUUGUGGUUAGAAUAAUUGGUUAGAUAGUGAUGUCUAUGAACAAUAAUAAUCCGCCGAAGAGCCUGGGGGCGGCAUCUUCAUCGCCUUUUGGAAAUUCUGGAAUAGUUCCACCAUCUAUGGCGGCAAAUUCGACCUUUUCCCAGCCGCAAGCUCAACCCCAAUUAGGAGCUGGCUUUCAAACUCCAUUUCAGCUCUCCCCAGCUCAGGCUUUUGCUCAAGCUCAGUUAAAGGCUCAAGUUCAUGCCCAAGCUCAAGCACAAGCGGCUCACGCCCAGUUUCAAGCUCAGUUACAAGCUCAGGGGCUGUCCCUAACUCAGAGUCAGACUGUUGGUGGUGGGAACAUGGGUUCUCCUUCACCAGGAUUUUCCACGCCCGGCCUUGCAGGUGUGAAGCGGAUUCCUCAAAAGCCACCAGUUCGGCCUCCUAUUCUUUCUCCCUCUACCACGUUUUCGCCAUUGAAAACAAUGGAAAUCACGCCUGCUGCUCGCAAAAAGAAGCAGAAACUACCGGAGAAGCAGCUUCAAGACAAAGUUGCUGCAAUCUUACCCGAGUCUGCUCUCUACACUCAGCUGCUUGAGUUCGAGUCUCGUGUUGAUGCUGCUCUUGCAAGAAAAAAGGUCGACAUCCAUGAGGCGCUUAAAAAUCCGCCUUGCAUUCAGAAAACUCUUCGGAUUUAUGUCUUCAACACAUUUGCAAAUCAAGUUAACACAAUACCCAAAAAACCAAAUGCAGACCCUCCUACCUGGACCCUUAAGAUAAUAGGUAGAAUCUUGGAAGAUGGGAUCGACCCUGAUCAUCCCAGUGUGGUACAAAGAUCAAACCCUUUGUACCCGAAGUUUUCAUCUUUCUUCAAGAGAGUAACCAUUUCCUUGGACCAGAGGUUAUAUCCAGACAGUCACAUUAUUGUAUGGGAGAAUGCGCGGUCACCUGCACCCCAUGAGGGCUUUGAGGUGAAGAGAAAAGGGGAUAAAGAGUUUUCGGUUAACAUUCGGUUAGAAAUGAAUUAUAUUCCAGAGAAAUUUAAGCUGUCACCUGCUUUAAUGGAAGUUCUUGGUAUUGAAGUCGAUACCCGCCCAAGAAUAAUAGCUGCAAUCUGGCAUUAUGUAAAGGCUAGAAAACUUCAGAAUCCCAAUGAUCCAUCUUUCUUCCAUUGUGAUCCGCCUCUUCAAAAGGUCUUUGGGGAAGAUAAGUUGAAAUUCACCAUGGUUUCACAGAGAAUAUCACAGCAUUUAUUCCCUCCGCAGCCUAUACAUCUGGAGCAUAAGAUUAAGCUUUCGGGGAAUAGUCCAGCGGGUACGGCAUGUUAUGAUGUGUUGGUUGAUGUACCUUUUCCAAUUCACAGGGAACUGUCUGCAUUAUUAGCCAAUGCAGAGAAGAACAAGGAGAUUGAUUCAUGUGACGAAGCAAUCUGUACAGCUAUAAGAAAAAUUCACGAGCAUCGUCGGAGACGUGCAUUUUUCCUUGGGUUCAGUCAGUCCCCAGUUGAGUUUAUUGAUGCCCUGAUUGAAUCUCAAAGCAAGGAUCUGAAACUUCUUGCGGGAGAAGCUAGUCGGAAUGCUGAAAAGGAGCGCCGGUCAGAUUUCUUCAAUCAACCAUGGGUUGAAGAUGCCGUAAUCCGAUACAUAAAUCGCAAACCCACGACAGGAAGYGAUGCACCCGGAAGUACAUGACUGGGACCUUGUCGAGCUGCUAUGGAAUGCCAUUUUUGUUGGGAGUUUCAUGGGAUUAGCGAGCUAAGAUUCGUGUAAGACACCCUUUAGUUUAGUAGCAACUGCGCGAUCGUCUCGAACGCUWUGCAAAUACUUCAUGAACACAUAUAUAUGGUAUGCCAAUUCCAGAAAACAUGCUCUUUAGUCUUCUUUGCUAGCAGUAAUCAUCAAUUAGCUGGUGAUGAGAAUGCUUUAUGAACAACAUAUGGAUUCUUCAUAGUCAUUUAAAAUUUUCUUAGAGAGCAUCCUUUAAUUGUAGUAUGGAAUAUUUCUUGUAAUAGAAUCUGCAUCCAUAUAAAGUUGAGAAUUUUUUCUAGUAAAGAUUUGUGAUGGUAAACAGUCCUUGAA